AUGGCUCCUCGGCUUCAAGACCUCCCGGAGGAGUUGCUCGUAGCAGUACUCGGCUACCUGCCAAAAACCGAUCUCAAAUCCGCUCGCCUCACAUGCAUUCGAUGCGGCUACAUCGGAGCUCAAGGGCUCUUCCAACGUGUCUACUUCGCACCACGCAGAUCUGCCAUCGAGACUUUCCUCAGCAUCUCCGCGAAUCCUACGUUUGCCAGGACUGUGACAGAGCUGGUCUACGACGGGAGGUUGUUUUUACCAGAGCUUACGGCUUAUAAGCCCUACAGGAAAGCUUUUGAUGCCCACAUAUGCUACCAACAUGGCGAGGACAAUGAGGACAUUGCCGAUGCAGAACAAGCAGGGGAUGGAGACGGAUCAACUAGCAAUGUCGGCGAUGACACAACAACCCGGCGCCAGGCAGUAACGCCUGGGUGUUUGAUAAAAGGUCCUGAUCUGUAUCAUGAAACCCUCGCUGACACUUUGGUACGUUACACGCGCCUUGUCGAUCAGCAACAGAGCAUUCUUGAGGAUAAAAAGGACUAUGAGGCUCUCUGCACAGGUCUCAAGAAUUUGCCAAACAUUACUACAGUCAUCGCUCUGGACAAAUUUGCUGAGUGCUGCGACUGGGUGCCUCUCCGGGCAGACGAUCACUCACGGUACCACCAGCGCUCCGAACUUGAAAUUGCUGUCCCUAUCGCACCAUCAUCAUGGGCCCGAGCCAAGACCAUCGAAGAUGGUGAGAUAAGAAAGUGGGAUGUUCGUGGUAUCCAGAGUCUCAUGCGAGCGGUUUCUAAGCAUUGUCAAGAGGUGACAGGACUAUAUAUAGGGUCAGAGCUUUCGAAUGCACCCAUGUCCAUGUUUGAGAUGGAUCAGGAUGAUUAUGAAGACGCCUGUACAAUGGCCCAGCGUCUCACAUGCUUAAAGAUGGAUUUGUACGUGUCCAGAAGUGAUUCCGAGGAUGAAGGGCAAGAACAGUACGACUGCUUAAACGGGUUUCUGUCAGAAGCCACGGAGCUGCGUUGUCUCGCGACGAGCGGGCGUAUCGACAGCAGCUUGUUCAACGGCAAGGUCUGGCCGCAUCUCGAGAUCCUGAUUUGGGGGGAUCUCGGCCUUGAUGAAUCGCACCUUAAGGCCAUCACUCGAGCCCACAAAGGCACCCUCCGCGAGCUCCAAUUACGCAACGUCUAUCUGUUCGGUGCGGAAGGAUGGGCCGAUGCCGCAAAGGAAAUCGGUAAAUAUUUGAGGCUACGUCGCGUUAGUGUCUUGGGAGUUUGUGACGAGGUGACGAGCGAAGCGGCUGUAGAUCCCUAUCUCGAAGACGACAUUAACCUGGCGGUGGCGCGCAGCUUCAUGCAAUCGAUCCCCCGGACCAUCCUCUUGGACGAGAACAGCCACACAAUCAUCGCAUGUCCCGGGGAGGACUCAUCGCUGGUCGAAAUCGGCCAUUCGCAGAGUCCUUGA